UGUAGAAAGAAAAGAAAAACAAAACAGCUGAAGAGUAAAAAAAAAAUGCGGUAAAAGUUGUUCAACAGUCGGCAAAAACAUCCAAGUUUUAUAAAUAAAGAAGAAAAUAUUAACAAAUUAUAAAAAUUAAUUAAAAUUAUGUUACAACCCUCCAAACAACAAGUUUUACGUUUGUACAAACAUUUAAUACGUUACGGCAAUCAAUUGCAAUUGACAGAUAAAUCCUAUUUCUUGGGCAGAGUACGCAGAGAGUUUAGGGAAAAUAGUAAAGAAACAGAAUUACAUAAAAUUGAAUUUAACUUUAAGAGAGGAGAAACUUUAUUGCGUAAAGGCCGUAUUUUGUAGUAGAAGAACAA